AAGCAUACACAAAAAUACCUAUAUUUAUAUAUAGAGAGAUAGAUAGUUCUUAUAUAUAUAUAUGUAUGUAUGAGUUGUAUAUGUAUGUAUAUAUAUGUAUGCAUAUAUUUCAGUCAGAUAUAUUAUUCGUAAGCAUUACAUUUUUGAAGUUGAAGAUCGACAAUCCAACUUCAGCCGGCAAAGAGAACCACAGUCACAGGAAAAUGUAGUACAACCUCGGACGCUUACUAAACCUAUCGCAAUUACUCGUGGCGACAUGUGAAAAUGAUUACUUAACAAUUCAUCUUAUUGUUUCCCAUUUUUUUGCUGCUGCAACAGACAGUGAGUGUCUUAAUAGAUUGGGAAUAAACAAAUGUUCCCACAAAACGGAAAAAGAAUAACAAAGCAUAAUCGAUAAGGAAAAAGGUGUAUGUAUCACAGCAUUUGAAUUCCCCAAUCCAAGAGUGUAUUCUAGUCUCAUUUGGUAAAAACUUGUGUUUCGGUAGCUGUGGCGAAUGCAGUUAUGGAGAUUCUGCACAAAUCGCAAUGGCCUAUAGAGCGCCUUUUACCAAAAGAGGAAAUCUUGGAAGAAAAGAUUCCAGAAAAGGUACCCAAAAAUAUUCAUAGUACAGAAAAGCUUCGUAGACGGAAUCUAAUAUUUGACGAGGAGCAUUUUGAAGAUGUUUUCCUGCGAUGUCUUAUAUGCAGAGAAGUAUUUAAUGAAUCAGAAAAACUGCCCAAGACGCUACCAUGCCAUCACUCGUUCUGUUUGCACUGUUUCUUGCAAAUGUUCCGCGUUGAAGGAGAAUAUCGACAGUCACUGAGCUCGGCUUUCCGAAGUAUGCCACGGGCUGUUAAAAUCCAAUGCCCCUCAUGUCGAGAUAGUAUAAUUGCUUCAGAAGAUGACUUACGUCGAUUACCGAACGAUCACACUGUGCUAGAGUUGAUUAACUUUGUACGGGAAACCGGCAUCAACGAUAUAUCAUACUGUGCCAAACACCAACUGCAGCCUCUCAACUUCUUUUGUGAGCCGUGUGCGAUCCCCGUGUGUUGUGACUGUACCGUCCUGGACCACAAAAACACAAACGGGCACAACGUAAUGAACAUAACGGAGGCCCUCAGUAAAUACACACCAAUUAUCAAUGACACAAUUACUGAAAUGGAGAAAAGUAAGCAGGAAUAUCUCUUCAAAAGAGCCCAAAUCGAGCAGUCAAUGAAACAUUUGAGCCAAAUGGAAACACAGGUAACUGACGAAAUUAAAUUGACGUUUCAAAAGCUACGUCAUAUGAUUGACGAAAGGGAGCGCGAUAUUUUGUCCAUGUCCGAGCAGGAAAUGAAUCGGAAACGUCAAAAUCUCAUGGACAAUUUUAAGAAGAUAAUAGAGCGUGAAGAAUGUAUGAUGGAUCAAAUGAAAGAGCUAGAAAUAGCCAAAGAAGCAAAUGACAUAAGUCAGAUGUUUACGUCACAUCAAGCAGCGCAAAACACUCUCUCAACUCCGCUUCAACUUCCGCACAUCACAAACGAUAACUUUGGAGUGUCGUUUCACUUUGAAGCCUACAAACAUCGACGAGUGAUGCAGGAUCUCCUGAACUUUGGACAUUUAAUGGUAUUGUCCUCUUAAAUGAUCUGCUCAUUUCACUUCUGUACGUUUAUAGAACUAACGGCAAAUUUAUAAUUUAUUUUCUUUAACUAAUUACAAAAAUGCCUCACAUAUCUGUGUGUGUUUGUACAUGUCUGUGGUGUGACAUUCUGGAGAAAGUAAUUUAUUGGUGCGAGAUUGUAAAAAUUAGUAAUCACUGAACUUUAGAAAUGGUCGUCACAGUUUAGUAGAAUUUGUAACACGACAGGAAAUCAUUUGUGACUGAGUGCAAUCACUGAUUCAACGUAAUUAGCGAUUAACUGUAAUUGGCGAAGAGAGAUGACAGAUAUUUUUGGAGAGAGAAAGUGAGAGAGAGAGAGAGAGAGAGAGAGAGAGUGAUAGAGAGAGAGAGAGAGAGAGAGAGAGAGUGAUAGAGAGAGAGAGAGAGAAAGAGAGAAAGAAAGGAGGGAGGGAGGAAGGGAGUAAGAGAGAGAGAAAGAGUCAUUGUGAGUAUUGAAGUAAAAUAAUGUAAGUUUAUAGCCUAAAAGGCAGAAAAAGCGUAGCAAACGAGAAGAAUGUCCACUAAAACAAUCCUCCUAUUUCCUUUCCCCUUGUGAAAGUUUUCUGAGCUAGAUCAAAAUGAAAUGAAAGAUGGUUGUAAAAUAAGAGCUGUGAUUCGUUUGGAUGGUUUAACUUUGGAGAUGGUGCAAAGAAAAAAUACGUUUGGUAAUUUUCCUUUGUUUCUUGUAAGGAGUAAGAAACUGCCUGGUAGUACUGAACAUAAAAUUGAGCUUAAAUGAUUUCUAUCUGUAAUUGUGUUAAAAGAAAUACCGUAUCGAUUUUAAAUGUUUUUCUUCCACUUCUAUCAUUAAAAUCAGAGAAGUGUGUGUUCAGUAGUAAUAGACAAUUUUUUUUUAUCGUAAUUUGCUUUAGAUGUGGUAUUUCUACAGUAAAAAUAUUUUCGAUUAUAUUUAAACAAAUUUAUUGCUAUUAUCUAGCGAUAAACUUGACUAAGCUGAAGAUAGAAAAGUGUAUAAAACAAAAGAAAGUGGAUAUGAAAGUGGUCUUUAACUCACUGGGGAAGACUGUUACUGAAUGUAAUGAAUGGAAUAUUUUGAUGAAUGCUUUCUGUUUUGUUUGUGUCGGAUAUUAUCUGCAUAAAAAGGAAGCAGAAACAUGAAACAACACGGAAACCCCCGACUGAAAAAGAGCAGUUGCACAGUGUCUUUUUUUUUGUUUUUGCAGUAGACUCUUGUAGCUUUUCUCAUUUAAACUCGAAGUUUACAAGAGGCAGAGUCGAACAACUCAGGAACAAAUGUCAUAGACCGAAUCGGAUCUAAGAUCUACCCACACAGUUUUGAAGAAAAAUGCGCACUUUCUACUCCCAAAACUGACACUUAUAUUUUAAUUUUAUUUCUUUUUUAUACGGGGGACCGAAGUCUAAAAAUGGCAACAACUACAAAUUCAACGUAUCCCGCAUCCUUAUGUGAAUAAACAAAUAAGUAAGCGAGGGGACGAGUAAAGCAAGCGUUAUAUAUGAUAAAGAAUUUAUUGAGCCAAGACAAUCAUGUUUUUCUUCCUGCAAUUAAACCACACUUUGUCUAGUUCCUAUUCUCAAACGCGAAACUUCAAAACAAUAUUAUUUAUCCAUCUGUAUAUCUCUUGAAUAAUUUUUUUCUCAACGGAAAUUUUCUCAAAGAGUAUGCAUUUACACUUUUAAUGCAGAUCUCUUGGCAUGAAUCCGCUGUUACUUUUCCUCCCCAUUGUAUUCUUUCUUUUUAUUUCGAUCCCAUUCUAUCCCUCAUCCUAAAAGUCAACUCUAUACCAAUCAUCUGAGUAAAAACUACAUCCUCCUGAUGAGAACUUCUAACUGAAAACUGAUAUUAAACAUUUCAAGCCAUU